CCGCCAUGUGGGGCCGCUUCCUGCCCCUGGAGCCCGGAGGCCGGGGCAGCCCCGGCCCGGCCCGCAGCCUCCCGACAGACCCCGACUACGCCUCGACGCCAUGGUGCCCUGACGUGGAGACUCUGUGGCAGCCCCCGCCGGUCCCGCUUGUGGCUCGUAACGGCCACGCCAGAAGGCACAGCACGGCCUCCGACAGCGGGGACACCGGAAUCGAGACCUCCUGCUCUGACAGCUUGGAAGAUCACUCGACGUCCAGCGGCCCGUCCUCUUUCAAGCCGAGCCGCUCCGUGGUCAGCCUGCCCACCGCCCACGUGAUGCCGUCCAGCUCCGACUCAUCCAUGUCCAAGCCCGGGGAGGCCCCGUCGGGCGACGGCUCCAGAUGGAGCGGCGCGAACCUCCUGCGGACGCCGGGGAGCCGGACCCGGGGGGACUGGGGGGAGUCGGCGUCGCUGGACAUGAAGGACCUGCGGCCCGCGCGCAAAUGGUCCUCCCUGUCCAGGCUGAGCAUCCCCGAUACCUGCAGCUCGGACGGGAGCGUGCGGUCGGAGGACUCACGGGUGAGCCUGGGCAAGCCGGGGAGGCCCCGGGCGUCCACCCCGCCGGACCCUCGGACCCUCGGGCCCGCCGGCCUGCACCACAGCAUGGAGCUGCUCAAGCUGGACGACAGGGAUGGGGACGUGGGCCAGAGGCGCUGCUUCACCCUGGACCGCAAGUACAAAUUCGACAGCUGCAGCCAGGAGGCCUUCGGCAUCUCUCCGGCCACCCCGAGGAGACACCUCGUAGACAUGUCUUACAGUGCCUUACCUGAAAGCAAGCCCCCGGCCCUGGGCCCCGAGGCGUACGACCACAGGUACUUCCUGCUGGGGCAACAGGCCGGAGGACCCACGCAGUCAUCCGUGAGGACUCAGCUGUGGCUCAGUGAGCAGUUGAACGCCAACCCUCCAGCCCGUAGGCCCGGGGAAGACUCCUAUAGACUGGCUGCCUGGCAGCAACCGCAGCAGCUGGAUGAGCUCAGGUUAGGAAGAGAGUCACCACUGCAGGCUCUUACCGGCUCAUCUCGCCAGGCUCAUCUGGCCUCUGGCUACCAAGACUUUGGUAACUGGGAGUCCCUGCUAAAAAUCAAAGAAGGACUGCUGAAGCAAAAGGAACUUGUCAUUGAUCGGCAGAAACAACAAAUAACGAGCCUUCAUCAGAAGAUCAGGGAGAAUGAGCUGCGAGCCCAGCAUGCCAUGCUAGGCCACUUUGAGAACUGCGAAGACUCAUUUGUGGCUACUUUGCAGCAGACUCAGUUUGAGAACCCUUCCCUCCAAGCUCCAUUUCCAGACCGGACAAUGGCCCGGGUCACCCAAGAAGACAUUGAAAGGAAGCUUGCAGCAGCACAAAAGGAGAUCAUACAGCUCAACGAAUUUCUCAAACAAAAUGCCAGCAAAUCUGGGGAAGAGAAGAAAAAGCUAGAGGAGAAACUUAAAACUCGAGACAGGUACAUCAGUAGCCUAAAAAAGAAAUGUCAGAAGGAAUCGGAGCAGAACAAAGAGAAGCAGAGGCGAAUCGAGACUCUGGAAAAGUACUUGGCCGACUUGCCUACCCUGGAUGACAUGCAGAGUCAGAGUCAGCAGCUCCAGAUCCUCGAAGAGCGGAAUGCCGCAUUGCAAGAGACCAUUGCUGACAUGGAGAAGAAACUCAGUGAGACCAGAACGCAGUGUCGGGAGAAAGAAGUCCAGCUGGUGUGCCAGAAGAAGAAAGAAAAGGAGCUCGUCACCACAGUGCAAAGCCUGCAGCAGAAAGUGGAGCAGUGCCUGGAGGACGGAGUCCGCCUCCCCAUGUUGGACACCAAGCAGCUUCAGCGGGAAAAUGAUUGCCUCCGAGAGCAGGAGGAGAAAGCCAGCCAGGUCAUAGACAAUCAGCAAAAUCAGAUUGAAGUGAUGAGUUUAGAAAUUCAGGCACUGCAGGAGAAACUUUCUCAAGAGAAACUAGAAACUCAAAGAUUGACCCAAACGCUGGAAGAGAAAGAGAAAAGCCUACAGAAGUUCUCUCAAACUUGGCUUGAGAUGCAGAAUCAGAGACCUCCAGAAGAGCAACCCCCACGGCCGGCACCGGGGCAGGCGGCCGAACGAUCCCGGCAGCUGAGAGCCGAGCUGAAGGUGGUCGACCAGUUGUUCAAGGAAAUGUCCCACUGCCUGCUGGACCUGAAGGCCCUGUGCAGCGUCCUCAAUGAGAGAGCCCAGGGCACCGAGCCCAACCUGUCCCUGCUGCUGGGGAUACGAUCGAUGAACAGCUCAACAGAGGAGCCCGCCGAGGAGCCCCACACGCCUGAAGCUCUCGCUAAGAAACUUUCAGCCAUGUGCCAGUUGCGCAAGGACAUUGACGAACUAAGGACGGUGAUAUCUGACCGCUACGCUCAGGACAUGGGAGACAACUGCAUUGCACAGUGAUAAAGUCUUGAUCUCACAGUAAGAACGAUUCGCUGUUACAUGCUGCGGGGCCCCCGGCCUCCCGGGUCUUCCUGUCAGGGAAGCCAGACCGGAAACGUCGCGAUGGUCGGUUUCUGGUUUCUGUCGGUCUGGUGAAGGGGAAAUGGAUUUCGCCCAGGACCCCCACCAAAAAAUCAAGGAGGCAAGAGCAGGGCCCAGUCUGAAAGAAGAUGAUCAGUUUUCUCCAACUGCCGAGGGCAGGGCCAAGCCAUGAACCGUCCUCGAGGAUACCGGAGCUUUGAGAUGACGAGCAACAAGAUUAAAUGCACACGGAGGCAAGGCCCCGUCCCGUUGCAAGGCGGUUGGUGCCUUCCGUCCUUCACUUAGGAGCUUGGACUGCACUUGGAGGCUCUGCCCCGGGCGGGUGGGAGAUGGAUCAGGCUGCGGCAGGCCGCUGGCCAACUGAGAUCAGGUGGGCUGCACAGAGGUCACGGGACAGCUGAGCCUGUGCAAACCAGGCUCCAGUUUUGGAGGUGUGGGGUCCUGGAGGUGGGGACAGUCAGCAGGGAAAAGAGGGGCAGGGCGGGCGAGUCUCAUCCUGGUCAUCUCUGUUCCUCUCCAGUGCCGUUACCCAGGCGUCAGACCAGGAAUGCAAUUCCUCAUCGUCACAGGAAGAGUUUGCAAAACCCAGGGUGGUUGUUCAUUUUAACUUCUCCCCUGUACAACAGACACCCCUUUAAAACAAUAUAAGGUCACAUCAGUGUUGUCGCCAAGCCCAUGGAAGACAGGAAUGGAGCUAGCAGAAGAGUGGCUUUUUUUUUAGCAACCAUUACCCAAUCCCUGCGUCAGUUUCCUAUUUAGGAGGAUUUUGACCCAGAAGGGCGGCCAGCCCGGUCCUCAUCACAGGGUCGAACGUUAGGUCCGGCGUCAUGGCUGAAUGUGCCGAGGCAUAUCUCUCCAGGAAAAGGACCCUCAAACAAGUUCUCAGGUGGCAGUGGCCCUGGAUGGGCUGGCUCUCCUUCCCAAGAGCCUGGUUUCAUCCCAGAGAUGGCCACCUGGCAGCGUCUUGGCCCCAGAGGCCCCCUCUUCACUGAAAGCGGCUAACUGAGGGGAGGCCGAAGGCUCGUUUGGACCGCAGAGGCCGCUCCCCUGCCGGGCUGUUACUCUUGCUGGGUAUACACUCCGGGACCCCAUGGUCUAAUGUGGCCUCCCUCCCUCACCCAGUCACUUGGCUGUCAGGAAGUGCUUGGGACUCCAAGGGAAAGGCUCUUUGGGAGGAUGGGUCGCUGGAGGCAACGUGGGGGCCACCAGAGGUGGCAUGGCAUGGCCAGAACAAAUCCUGAGCCUCCACGUGGCCGAGGGGCUGGAACCCGAUAGAAAGCAGCCGUUUGCAUGAGCCGCGCCUCACGCCAGGGUGACUGGUUCCCAAGAGACAAGAAGUUGUUCUUCACC